AUGAUUUUAAUGCAUAACAUGUGGUUUUCUAUACUUUUUGGAAUUAUUUUCGUGACUCCUCCAGCCGUAACAAGAGACGCGCGGAACGAAGUCUUCCCUUGCAGCCGUGGUGUCAACAGUCUGGAUGAAUUCAGAUGCCAGAAUGGAACCGGGUGUGUCAGUGUAAAACAUCUGUGUGAUGGUGUACCGCACUGCUCUGACACGAGUGAUGAGGAGUUUUGUCCUCAUAGAAGGCGUGACCUUCAGACAGAAGACUGGAUGUCACACAGAAGAAAGAGACAGACUACGUGCGGGAGUGAUCAAUGGAAGUGUCUCGACGGGAGCUGUAUAUCAUUAGACAAUAUAUGUAACGGAGUGGACGACUGUACCGACCGAAGUGAUGAAACGCACCCCUUCUGUAAGAAACUAUUAUCAUUAACAAAAUCCGGUGGCUGUAUUCUUCCACCAUAUCCUACACAUGGGAGUUAUGAAGUCUCGAAAUUGCCCAAUGCUCGCCCUGGCCAGGCUCUCGAUUCCUUCGUGCUGACAGUUACCUGUCGACGAGGAUUUGGAAUAGUACACCCCGAUGGGGGGGAUGGAAGCGGCACGCAGCAACUCUAUUGCGUAAAUGGAGAAUAUCAGUACCAGACCAUGCCAAGAUGUGUUCGUUUUUGCAAACUUAAUCCAGAUCCAAGCGUUCGAUAUACGUGUCAUGUACCAGGAGUGGGAUUCAAAACGUGUAAAAACUAUGUAGCUCCUGGCACACUGGUGAACCCUAUAUGCAACAGCCCUAUAUACUACACCACUGAAAGCUUGCCAUAUAUGAAGUGUAAUUUUGGAUACUGGGACUACGUCGCACAGUGCAGAGCAGAAUGUGGUCGGGUAACUCCUGAAGGCACUCAGCUGGUGAUUGAUGGAAAACCAGCCAAGCGAGGUGAACUGCCGUGGCACGUUGGCAUCUAUCGGAAGAUCACUUCACCGUACCUGCAGAUCUGUGGUGGGACUCUUAUCACCAAUAAUGUGGUUUUAUCUGCUGCCCACUGUUUUUGGAGUGAUCUGAAAAAGAAACUACCAGAAUCUGAUUUCGCUGUCGCAGUCGGCAAGCUCUACCGGGAUUGGGACAGUGAGAAUGACAUUGGCGCGCAGAAAUCUGACCUUCUGGAAAUUAGGAUCCCAAGUCGAUUCCAAGGUGCUGAAGCUAACUUCCAAGAAGACAUUGCCGCUUUGAUCCUGAAAACUCCUUUUGUGUACAUGACUUACGUACGACCCGUGUGUGUCUACUAUGACGUGAACUUUGAGAGGAUUCAGUUGCGGCCAGGGAACGCAGGAAAGGUGGCUGGUUGGGGGCUCACAUCGGCCCAAGGAACGGCUGCGAACCUUCUCCAGGUUAUUGAGAUGCCUUUCAUCAACGUGGACACCUGCAUCAAUACUAUUCCUCAGUCCUUCAGAGAAUACAUAACUGGAGAUAAAUUCUGUGCAGGAUAUACCACUGGUAAGGCUUUAUGUAAAGGAGACAGUGGAGGAGGCCUGGCCUUCCCAGAUAGAGGACUAGGAGUUGACAGAUAUUACCUGAGAGGUAUCGUGUCUGCAGCACCCAGAGAUGACCAGAAAUUGUGCAAUGAUAAUACUUAUACCACAUUUACAAUGAUCACGAAGCACCAGGAUUUUAUUAAAGAAGCGCUUGCGGCAAGUGCUGUACACAGAUGCCCACAAUACUCUUUCCAGUGUGAUGAUGGAUCAUGUGUAGAUCAAGGCAGUGAUUGUAACGGGAGACAAGACUGCGCGGACGGGUCUGACGAGUCUGAUGAACUUUGUAAACCAGGUUUUGUAAAACCAACUUCACUGCCGAUACCAGAACCUAGUCCUUUAGCCAUACCUGUCACGAAACCACCAUCUAGCUCUGACCUGAACUCUUUGCUAGCAACCGAAUCCUGCAUUCUACCACCAUAUCCAGAUUAUGGAACUUACGAAACCAAUAUUCCAAUAAGUGACCCUGGCCGAAUAAUUUUUGGCUCUGUGACUUUGAUUGUGACUUGUCAGCAAGGUUACGGGAUCGUGACGUUGGAAGAUGGUGCGAUCAAAAAUAGUACAACGAUACACUGCGUUAAGGGAAAUUGGAAUCAAAGUAUAGUUAAUAAAUGCGUUCGAGUCUGUAGGUUAGUUCUGGAUUCCAGUAUUGAUUCCAACUAUAGUUGCCUAGCAACAGCUGCUACAGGAUUUAAGCCUACACAAUGUGACGAGUAUGUUACCUCAGGAACUGCUGUUUCCGUCAGCUGCAAAAGUCCAAACUAUUACUCCGACAGAGAACUGCCACACAUGAGAUGUAUAUCUGGCUAUUGGGACUAUUAUCCUAGAUGUAAAGCAGAGUGUGGUCGAAUCUCACCGAAAGUAAUAGAAACAAAUGGGUUACCAGUGGAGCGCACAGAUCCUCCUUGGCACGUAGGCAUUCAUAGGAAGUUCCCAAAACCCUACACUCAGGUCUGUGGUGGAUCCAUCAUCUCCAAGGACGCCGUUAUAUCUGCUGCACACUGCUUCUGGAACAUGAAAGUACUGCCAGCUUCUGAUUACGCUGUAGCUGCUGGGAAAUUGCACCGGGCGUGGAAUGAUGCAAGAGAUGAAAAUGCACAAAAAUCUGACGUGAAGGAAAUAAAUGUACCGAGGCGUUUCCAAGGGUCUCGAGAAGACAUUGCCGUGUUAAUUCUAGUCACUCCGUUCGUGUUUUCUACCUUCGUGAGCCCUGUGUGCUUAAGCUUCGACUAUGAUCUUGAGAAUAGGCAGCUGCAAGAAGGCAUGCUAGGACAGGUCUCUGGAUGGGGUCGGACAUCUAUAAACGGAAACUUUUCUCCUGUGUUAAAAAAUAUUCAGAUGCCAUACAUCAGCGUGGCUCAAUGUCGUUCAAAAAUUAGUGUUGCCGACGACAAAUUUUGUGCGGGCUUACAAAACGAAAACCUCUGCGAAGGCGACGGCGGAGCAGGAAUAGCUUUUCCAUCUUCUACAGGAACGAGCAUACAGCGAUACUACCUCAGGGGAGUCGUGUCCAGGCCUUCGGGCCGCGAAACUAUAUGCGAUGACUCUCCGUUCAAUGUCUUUACAUAUAUUACAAAGCAUGAGGAUUUUAUUAAAGAUUUUAUAUGA